ACGCUUCGCCAAGUCAAAAAUGGCGAUUUUGACCACAGUUUGACGUCGAUCGAUGUGUUGUAGUUGACACCGGCCGUAUCGCGAAUUUAUUUUAUUUUCGUGAGCUCGGGGGGAGGGUCUGCCGAGAGACAAGAAAAGACGAAGGGGAUGCGUAUAUCGAUGUAUGGCAGCGUUUGUUAGUUCCGCUCGAAGAUCGCGCGUUCACGUCGCUAUGUCGAAAGCCAAAGUUACGGCGGAAUGGAGGAAGAGGGUGAAAUCGGAAUACAUGCGACUGCGGCAGAUGAAACGCUACAAGCGCGCGGACGAGGUGAAGAUCGCGUGGAACCAGAAUCGUAAAGUCAUGACAGAGCUCCUCGUCGCGGAGCAGAAGCGCUGGGCGGACGGGAAGGCGAUGUGGCUGGCGGUGCAGGACAUCCCGCCUCAUCUCUCUUGCAUGAAGAAAGCCGAGAUCACCGGUCCCGACGGCGACGUGCAGAGCUGCCCCGUGAAGAUAAUCAACGCGGUCACACCUAUACCGACCAUGUAUACGUGGGCGCCGAUUCAGCAGAACUUCAUGGUGGAGGACGAGACCGUUUUGCACAACAUUCCUUACAUGGGCGACGAGAUACUGGAUCAAGAUGGUACCUUCAUCGAGGAGCUUAUAAAGAAUUACGACGGGAAGGUCCAUGGCGACAGGGAAUCCGGUUUCAUGGACGAUUCCAUCUUCGUCGAUUUGGUGAACGCUCUGGCAAAUUAUGAGAGAGAUGACAAGGACCGGGACCAGAUAAAGAAAGGAAAGGAGAAAGAGAAUCACAAGGAAAACGACAAGAAAGACGUUGAAAUAAAGAUUGAAGUCAAGACAGAAAAAAGUGAAGGUGGAAAGACGGCGGCUACUCCGUUUCCAUCGAUGCAUAUAUUUAAUGCAAUAUCGAGCAUGUUUCCCGAUAAAGGAAGACCCGAGGAAUUGAAAGAAAAGUACAUUGAACUGACAGAAAGAUCCGAUCCAAAUGUUUUACCGCCAGAAUGCACGCCCAAUAUAGACGGUAUAAACGCGAGAAGUGUACCCAGGGAACAAACGAUGCAUUCUUUCCAUACCCUGUUCUGCAGGAGAUGCUUCAAGUACGACUGCUUCCUACAUCCAGCCAGGGGGACCUCGCCGCAAGGUCUUCAAGCUUGCCAUCCAGGUCCGAAUUUGCUGAAGCGGAAGGGGCCCGAUUUGAAACCGUUUGCGGAGCCAUGCGGGACAGAAUGUUACAUGCACCUGGAGGGAAUGAAGGAGAAACUGGCGGCACAGGCAGCGGACACGAAAGAAGAGGAGGGCGACGAGAAACGCGGUGGUCCUAGGAAGGUACGGAAACAAGCGAGCGUCGAUUCUGGUAACGAAGCGAGCAGCGAGGAUAGCAACGACAGCAAUAAGUACGGUCAAGGAGGCAGUUGUCAGGACUUCAAGCAGAACGUUAACAAAAACUCGAAAUCUGAGGAAAUGAUGGAGGAUCAGGCGCAGCCGGAAAAUCAGACGCCAUUCACGCUGUUAGGGAUUGGCAAACGAAUCAAGACUGAAAGCGAAUUCUCGUGGACAGGCUCGGAGCAGAGCGUGUUCCGGGCUCUGCACAAAGCCUUCCCCGGCAAUCCGUGCGCGUUAGCGCAAAUCAUGUUGACAAAAACUUGCCAGGAGGUGUACGAAUUUGCGCAGAAAGAGGCUUCGGACAUUCCCGCGAUAGAAAAUCUCAAGGACUUCACGCCGCCGCGAAAGAAGAAGAAGAAGCACCGCUUGUGGUCCAUGCAUUGCAGAAAGAUACAACUUAAAAAAGACUCUGGCGCUAAUCACGUUCAUAAUUUCGCACCUUGCGAUCACCCGGGUCGCCAGUGCGAUAACUCGUGUCCCUGCAUACAGGCGCAGAAUUUUUGCGAAAAGUUCUGUCAGUGUAGCAGCGAGUGCCAGAAUCGAUUUCCUGGUUGUAGAUGUAAGGCCCAGUGCAACACGAAACAAUGCCCGUGUUAUUUAGCCGUGAGGGAAUGCGACCCGGAUCUUUGUCAAACGUGUGGCGCUGAUCAAUUUCACAUCACUAAAAUAUCCUGCAAGAAUGUCAGCGUUCAACGUGGUCUUCACAAGCAUCUUCUGAUGGCACCUUCGGAUGUAGCGGGUUGGGGGAUUUUCCUAAAAGAAUCGGCGGCGAAGAAUGAAUUUAUUUCCGAGUAUUGUGGUGAGAUUAUUAGUCAAGAUGAAGCCGGCAGACGAGGAAAAGUGUAUGACAAAUACAUGUGCAGUUUUCUAUUCAAUCUCAACAAUGAUUUUGUCGUUGAUGCAACAAGAAAGGGGAAUAAAAUAAGAUUCGCCAAUCAUUCGAUAAAUCCUAAUUGUUAUGCAAAAGUAAUGAUGGUGAACGGUGACCACAGAAUAGGUAUUUUUGCCAAGAGAGCAAUUCAGCCUGGUGAAGAAUUAUUUUUCGAUUAUAGAUAUGGACCAACGGAGCAACUUAAAUUUGUCGGUAUUGAGCGAGAAAUGGAGUUUCUUUAAGAAUUUAUACUUUAUAUAUAUAUA